AUAAAAAAAGAAAGAGAAAAAGCUCAUUCGUCUUUCUGAGAGCAGAGAGAUCUGCUUUCUAAAUGGACUCUCAGACCACAUCAGGGAAAGUUUAUCUCCAACCACGAAAAGCUGGAAAAAAAUGGAAGCCGUUGUGGUUGUCCCUGUUUCCUCCCAGUCGCGAUGGAGUGGGUCGACUGGAAAUCCAGGAUAUGAGAGGCGAUCAUGUGACUGGGGUCAGGAGACACUACCAGCCUCACGGUGACAGGAAGCAGAAGGUGGUCCGACUGUCUGAGAUCAUCAGUGUCCUCAGACUCCCCCCGAACGCAGAGGCCUGUCCCAUGGAGAACAUGUCAGCCUUUUGUGUGGAGACACGGGACAGAACGAUGGUGUUUGCUGCUCUCAAAGAGGACUGCGCUGGGUGGGUGGAGAAACUGUGUCACAGCACGUUUCAGAGAGGUGUCGGCUCAGACUCUAAUCAGCUCCAAAUGGAGGAGAACCAGAUAUAUGCCUCAGCAGAUGAAGCCUCACAGUUCUGGGUGACGGUUCAGAGGACUGAGGCAGCGACACGCUGUGGCCUGAAGGGGUGCUACUGGCUGCAGGUGGGGCAAGAGGCUCUGCUGCUGAGAGAAACAGAGAAGAAGAGCAUUGUUCGUGAAUGGUCCUACGAACUGCUGAGACGAUAUGGAAAAGAUAAGCUGGCCUUCACCUUUGAAGCAGGUAGACGCUGUGACUCGGGUCCUGGAACCUUUACCUUUGAGACACAGCAGGCGGACACACUGUUCUCCCUCAUUCAGAGUACCAUCGAUCGAAAGACUUCAACUCUUACUUUAGGCAACCAAAACCAAGAGGGUGAGAAAGUCAUCGGAGCAAAUAUAUGGGCCCAUUCCUCUCUCCCGAAAAUACCAGAUGUGUCCAGUACGGCUGGCAUUCUGGAGAACAGACUGGGGACACAGGGAAGUAAAUCUGCUGCUCUACCAGAGAGUGAUCACGAGGAUUUGGUUGUUUUGACAGAGAGUGUAUCACUGCAGCCAGCUCCUAUCACCCUCAUGCCUCUUCCACUGGUCCCCACACAUGGCAGCCACUCUGGAGGUCAUCUUGGUGGCCAAUCAGAAGCUGUAUAUGCUGACCCAGCUGAUUGCAUCCAAUCUGUACCAAAAGCCCAACCGACCAUGGCUCUAUAUGUAGACCCAGCAAGUAUUCUCCCACUCAAACCCCCCUCAAGGGAAGCCAUCACUGCACCUCCUAAGUCCUGGGCUACACCUCCCCGUGUUACCAUCGGUCACCCAGAUCCAGUCUACUCGGAGGUGUACGACAACAUCAGUGCAGUCAAGAAAAAACAAAGUGAAAUUCAGAGCAAAGGGAAAGUUGAGUGUUUUGCAGACAAUGAACCCAUUUAUACUGAGCCCCUGGGCAAGAAGGAUGACGUUUCCCUUAAGAAUGAAAGCAAACCAGAUCCAUUUGCCCAUCUUUAUGCCCAAGUGUGCAAAACAACACCAUCAUUUAGUCCCUCUGCAUCCUCUAACACAACCCCCUCCUGCUCUUCCUCCUCUACCUCGCUUUCUGCCAGCAUGAGCACAACAGAGGCCACGGACCAGUCUCUUGAUGAUGUCAUCUACGAAAACCUGGGCAUCAUUUAAUUGAGUUGACACGUUUUUGUGCAGUGACUGCUAGAGACUGGGAGGUCAUUGAUAAACACUUUGCCUCCAGCAGUUAGGAACUGUAUUCAAACUAGUACUCAUUAUUUCUAAAGAAAAUAUUAAGGGCUGUAUGACCGGCUAUUAAAAAAUAGGCUAUUACAACAAACCCAUUAUAUUGGACUCAUUAUACUUGCCAACGCCUGGCCAUUUUUUAUUAAUAUAGCAACAAUAAAAAAAUAUCCUAAAAAUAUUUUUAAAAUGCAUGUUUUGGACUGACAAUAUUUAUACCCAGUGAUACAUAAUAGUAUUUUUGUUAUGCCAUAAAGUUGACAUUAUAUUAAACUGUGAAAGACAUGUUUGUUAGUUAGCUGAUGUUAUGCUAUGAUGAUGUUAUGAUUAAAAUGCUGUAUAACUCGUAAAGAUGACAAUUAUAUUUUUCAGUGUUGUUCAUAAAGUUCAUAAAGUUGA